AGGACAUAUAUACACUAGAAUAUCGAUAGCCGGCAUUGCAUUGAUGACACGCACUUAAAGGGACAUCCAUUUGAGUGUGAAAGGAAGAAGAAGAGGAAGAGAAGAGGAACAAAUAAUUACAUGGGCACGAGUGAAGAAAGCGAAAGUGAAAGCAGCCGAGAGGGUAAGAUAUUUGAUCUCCUACAAAUGAGAGAGCAAAUGCUGAAGAUGGAUCACAAGGAAAAAAAUAUACCUGAUCGAGCAGAUGGAGGUCUUCAUUUCAUUCAUUUGCUUCUCCUAUCUGCAACUUCAGUAAACGAAAACAACAUCAGUGCAGCCGUGGAGAGCCUCUGUGAAUUAUACCAGAAUGUGUACCUGACAGGCGAUUCGGUCCAGAGGGUUGCUGCUUAUUUUGCUGAUGGACUUGUGGCGAGGCUCCUCACGCAAAAGUCACCCUUCUACGACAUGAUCAUGAAGACUCCUACGCCGGAUGAGCAGUUCUUGGCAUUCACACAACUCUACAAGGUGUCACCGCUGUAUCAGUUUGCUCAUUUCACUGCAAAUCAAGCAAUUCUUGAAGCAUUUCAGAAAGAGGAGAACACCAACAACAGCGCUUUGCAUGUAAUUGAUUUCAACAUUUCUUAUGGUUUCCAGUGGCCUUCUCUAAUGCAAUCUCUCUCAGAAAAUGCCACUGCUACAAAUCGGACUUGGUUAAAGAUCACAGGGUUUGGCAGGAGCUCGGAGGAACUUAAAGAAACUGAAUCUAGACUUGUGAGCUUUGCAAAAGGCUUUCGCAAUCUAGUCUUCGAGUUUCAGGGAUUGGUGAUGGGAUCUGAGCUAGUAAUUCCAAAGAAAAAGAAGAAUGAAACAAUUGCUGUCAAUUUAGUAUUCCAUCUAAAUUCAUUACAUACUCUUUCCAAUAUCUCAGACACCUUAAAGUUCGUCUAUUCUCUGAGUCCUGCUAUCGUAGUUCUGGUAGAGCAAGAAGGCAGCAGAAGCGCCCACAAGUUCUUACCAAGAUUCAUGGAGUCGCUGCACUAUUUCGCAGCUAUAUUUGAUUCACUGGAUGAUUGCCUCCCACUUGACAGCACUGAGAGGUUAUGCAUUGAGAAGAAUCAUCUGGGAAAAGAAAUAAACAGUGUGGUAAAUUAUGACACAGACAACAACAAGAGCCUCAGAUUUGAGAAGAUGGAAACAUGGAAAGAGAAAAUGGAAAAUCAUGGUUUUUUGGGGUUAAGACAAAGUUCCAAAUCAAUUAUGCAGGCAAAAUUGCUGCUGAAAAUCAGAAGCCAUUGCUCUGCGGUAGGAUUAGGCGAAAACAGUGGGUUUCAAAUUUCUGAAAGAGAUGAUGGGAAGGCUAUUUCUCUAGGCUGGCAAGAAAGGCUUCUGGUAACAGCAUCCUCUUGGUGCUCUAAUUUACUAUGA